GCUACAUUUAUUCAUUGAGUUGUAUAUUUUAGAAUUUUUAACGAAUAAAGCUAUGUCUACACGGUUGUCAGAUCUAACAAUAUUGCCAGACCUGACAAUGUGCUGACAAUAACCUAACAAUAAAAAAUUGCCACUACAAUGUAGAAUGCCAGUUUACACGGUUGCAAGAUAUUUGUCAGAAAAUCUGACAAUACAUUGCAAGCAAAUUAUAUGACAAUAACUUUAUCUGACAACGUUGCCAGGUAAUAGAUUGUCAGUUUACACGAUUGUCAGAAUUGCUAUGUAGCAAAAAUUGCCAGAACAAUUGUCAGAAUCAAAACAAUUCGUAGAAUUGUCAAAACAUAAUUUUUGUGAAUUUUGUGAGAAAAAUUUUAAUAAAGUUUUAAAUUAUAUCAAUCUGUGGUUAUGUUACAAAAUGAAGAAGUAGUGACUAUUUUAGCUGCUUACGUUUUAGAAAGUAGCGAGGAUGAAGAAGAACCAAAUAAGAAACGCCGCAGAAUAUGGGUAAAGGAAUGGGUCCUUCAUCGACAGCAGGAGGGUUUUUACGCAAAAUUAUAUACCCAAAUUCGUGCAAAUGAACCGGAUUUAUAUCGUAAUUUCUUGCGCAUGGACAUCGAACAAUUUGACAAUUUACUGCUUUUAGUAACUCCACAUAUAAAAAAGGCUGAUACCAACAUGCGUCAAAAUAUUUCAGCAGGUGAGAGACUUGUUUUGACACUACGCUAUCUAGCUACCGCCGAAAACUUUCGGUCACUACAAUUCGUGUUUAGAAUACCAGUAUCAACGAUCUCGCGCAUUAUUCCCGAAGUAUUAGAUGCCAUUUACAAAGUACUUGUGGGUAAAUAUCUCCAGACACCAUGUGAUACAGAUGCAUGGAUGUCUGUUUCUAGCAAAUUUAAUGAGUUGUGGCACUUUCCCAACUGUAUAGGAGCAGUUGAUGGUAAGCAUGUGGUGAUGGAUGCACCACCCAAUGCUGGCAGCAUCUUUUAUAAUUAUAAAGGUACGCACAGUAUUGGAUUGAUGGGCAUUGCAGAUGCGGAAUACAAAUUUUUGUAUAUUGAUGUCGGUCGCAACGGACGGUUUUCCGAUGGCGGUGUGUUUAAUAGUUGCACAUUUGGAAAAGCACUGGAUUCUAAUAAGCUUUGUUUGCCACCAUCUAAAGCACUCCCUGGAAGACAAAUGCCAGUUCCUUAUGUGCUAGUCGCUGACGAUGCAUUUGCUAUGCGGCCGAAUCUAAUGAAACCGUAUGCCCAACGAGGCCUAACAAUGGUUCAACGAGUGUACAAUUACCGAUUGAGUCGCGGUCGGCGUAUAAUAGAAAAUGUAUUUGGCAUCAUGUCUGCCCGUUUCAGAGUGUUCCGAAAGCCGAUCUGCCUGGAUGCUGAAAAGACUAAAAAAGUAACUCUUGCUUGUUGCGUGCUUCACAACUAUUUGAUGGUCACAAACAGGAAAAAGUAUGCACCCCCAAAUGCAUUUGAUCAUUAUGAUAGCACCGGUACACUUGUUCCAGGCGAUUAGCACCGGGAAGAAACGAUGGACAAAUCAAUGUUUCCCUUACAAAGAACUCGGACAGACGCACUCAAUGCCAAAGAUGUGCAAAAUGAAUUUACAACGUACAUCGUCGAAGAAGGUGAAAUAGAUUUUCAAUACAAACAUAUCAGUCGCCAAUAAGAAUUUAUCAAUAUAAAUUUAUUUGUACAAUACUUUCCAUACUUUGUAAAGUAAUUUUAUAUAUUUAACUUGAAUUACCUGGUGUACAUCGUUGUAAUAAAAUAAACGU